AUGUACUCGAUCCUCAGAGGAUGGGUCAAGAACCUGCAAGUGGAACUGGUGGUUGUUCUGGCUCAAGACGUCAAGGUGCUGCUGCAGUCGGUUCGGAGGACUCGCCGCAGCUGGCGGUAUAUAGGCAAGCACGUCGAGAGAAAGUGGCCCAGUCGGGCCAACAACUAUCCUAGAAUUUUGGAGAUGCUCCAGAUCAUCGACGAUGCUAUUGGGGAGGACUCGCAAGAAGCCGCCGUCGUCCCGGAGGACGACACCGCCGCCGAACGUGACGAAUCCGGUGAGAUAAUGGAUGCCUGGGGAAUAGAGCAACCGGAGUCGAUUGAGGAAAAGCUACGGGCCAAGAGAAAGGCCGUGCUUUUGGAUCUGCAAGACAAACAAGUUCAGAUUGAAGACUCCGACGAGGAGCCUGCUCCGGAUGCUGGUCCUGGGGAGCAGCUUGUUGCUGCUCAUGGUGAGGCUCGGGAGGCACUGGUGCCUGCGGCUCCGGAAGCUGCCCGGGCGGCUGCAACAGCCGAUGCUGUGGCCUAUGUUCCCAGGCCCGAGUCUGCUGAUGCCGCUCGCCCGCAUAUAUAUAUAUAUAUAUAUAUACUCCAAACCCUAAACCCUGAACGUACCCUCCAUCUUCAACCCUAUAAACCCUAA